AUAGGUUAGGUUUAGGUUGAGGUUUCCAAGUGUAGGCCUAUUGUUAUUUUAUUAAUUAGCUGCAUGUCAUAUAAAGUAAAAUGAUUAUAUUUAUUCCAAUCUAAAUAAGUAUGGAAUAAAAGUCAAGUUCAAUAACAAUUCCUUAACGAUCUCGUUCAUGAUUGUAAUUCUGGAAUUGUACUUGAAGCCAACCGUACCAAAUAUGUGAACAUAUCACCGUUUCAAUUACAAAAUUUAACUGGAUUCAUUCGAGAAUAUUUGGAUUCACUGGUUGCAACUUAUGAUCCUGAAUUAUCGGGAAUCAUUCUGAGUCAUCAAAAGAUAAAGGUAAAUCCUGAGUUCAAUGUAGAAGGAGAUGGCACCAACAAGCUGCUCUACAUUGCCGAUAUCUACGUUUUCAGGCCUAAAAUUGGCAGCGUCCUUACUGGUGUAGUGAACCAGAAAAGUAAGGAUCACGUUGGUUGUCUGGUGCACCGGGUGUUCAACGUGACCAUUCCAAAACCGGACGGCGAUGAGGAAGAAGAAGAAGUGUGGAAUCGUACGUCGGUCGGACAAGAUGUCCGCUUCAGGGUGGUCGCUUUCGAUAUGACCUUGAAAAUACCAUCCAUUCAUGGACAAAUAUUAGACUCAUCAACUCGACAAUCAAGCAAUGCCUUGGAUGUGGAUCAUUGCUUGCAGGAGGCGUUGGGUAGUCAGAGUGAAUCGGUGACAAGUGAUGAAAGUGACAGUAAAAAUGACAAUCUAUCAAAUUCGAGUGGGGUUAAAUCACAAAAACCAAAUGUUGUGCAGGGAAUAGGUUCUGAAAAUAUAGAUAAUAAUAGGUUGAAUGAAAGUAGUUUAUGCAAAGCUAGUCUGAAUACUGAUAGAACGUCUCCAUCAUCCAGAAAAUGUGUUGAAGAUUCAAAAAAUAAGAGGAAUCACUCACUUUCAUUGUCACUCAGGGAAGCUAAGGUUGUAAAUACUGAAAUUGAUAGUGAUAAUUUUAUUCCUCCUUCACCCGUGAAACCGUUGAAAAGGUCAAUAAACGUUGAAAAGGUCUCGAAAGAUGUUGAUAGCGAGAAGAAUAAAGAAGGAACUAAUUUCUCCAACGAUGAAUUUGAGAAAACUGAGGAAGAGAAAAGUGCUUUCAAUGUUUCAACAUCCAAGAUAACUUUUAGAACCAGAAAAAACAAUCUAUGGAACAAUGAUGAGACGUUCGGCAAUGUUUCAAGUUUUUUAAAGAACUUGGAUUCUCCCCAGUCUUGUCUUCGACGGUCGGAGUCUCCCUCCAGCUCGAACAAUUCUCCCGCGACUAGUGACAAACACAACAGAUCGGUACGAUUUAGUUCUCAUGACAGUGUUCUAAGAUUCGAUGCAAAUACUAAAGGUUUAAGUAAUCACACCUCUGUAAGAAACAGCAUCACUCAAGAAGAAUCAAAAUCUCGAAAUUCGUCUGGGUCUCCUAAAAAAAUGGAAGUUCCUGAGAAAAAACUGUCAGAAACCAUCAAAUCACCUCCAAGAUCAGCUAGUCCCAAAAAGGUUUUGAAGUCUAACAUAACCUCUAACGAAAAACUUGGAGAAAUCAACAAACCAUCAUCUGAACAUAGAAAAUCAUCCUUGACACAAACCAUCGUGUCAAAAAGUUCCGAAUCGAGGAAUAGUGGUAAAAAUGCAGAUUCUGAAUCGAGCUCGGAUGAUAGCUUGGUAGGAAUGUCAGAAAAUAGGAAAUCACCUUUGACACAAACUAUCCUAUCAAAAAGCUCUGGGAAUGUUAGUAGAAAUUCAGAAUCCAAUUCGAGUUCUAAGGAUGGUUUGGUAGGGUUGCCUGAAAAAAGAAAAUCCUCCUUGACACAAACUAUCUUGUCAAAAAGUUCCGAAUCAAGGACUAUUGGUAGAGAAUCAGAUUCUGAAUUGAGUUCUGAUGAUAGCUUGGUAGGAAUGUCUGAAAAUAGGAAAUCACCCUUGACUCAAAAAGUUUCUAAAAGUUCUGAAAAAUCGGUGAAUGCCGGUAGAAAUUCAGAAUCGGAAUCGAGUUCUGAGGAUAGUUUGGUAGGAAUGUCUGAAAAUAGGAAGUCACCCUUGACACAAACUAUCGUAUCAAAAAGUUCUAAAAAGUCGGUGAAUGUUGAUAGAAAACCAGAAUCCGAUUCGAGUUCUGAUGAAAGUUUGGAAGAAAAUGAGGGAGUAUCGCAAACCAGAUUCAUGGAUUCCUCUAUGACCGUUGGAGAAUCGUUUAAGCAUACUGGUGUAAGUACAGAUUUUGAUUCAACUUUCUAUGAAAAACUCGAAAAAGAAGGUAAGCGCAAGGAAAGACCAUCAGAUGAGACAAAUAGUUCGGAUACACCUGAAAAUUUAGAUUCUGAUGAGAAAAUCGAGAGGAUAAACAAUAAAUCGCCCAAAAAUGUUAAAUCACCGGUAAAAGAUGUAAAAACCCCCAAAACAUCGCUCACGCCCAGGAGAGAUAGUGUGAAUUCUAUUCCAGCUUUAAAAGUUGAUGAAAGCUUUGAAAAGAGAAGGAAAAUGUUUUUGGAAAACACAAAAUCACCUGAAAAACGUCGAGACGUCUCGAUAGUUACUGAAACGCCAGAAAAACUAGAUUCUAAUGAGAAACUAGGACGACUUGAAUCGGUUGGAGGUUUGAACACUUCAAAAAAUGAUGUUGCAACGGCUUCUUCUGAUCAUGGCAAGAGCAAGAGGAAAUCGAAUGAAAAAGAAAGACAAAAGCUCAUGACUGAUGACAGUGAAAAAGGAGAGGCUCAAAACAUGCUACCUGAUGAAACUGAUAGUAGAAUUAGAACUAUCAUUGAUGAGAGAAGCAAUGCUAGCACCAAAUUUACAAGUAAUUUAAGUUCUAUCAAAAGCAGACAUUCUGUACCAGGAUUCAAUUUAGAUGAUGAAACUCCUAAAAGAACGAGAAGGGAUUCAGAGAAACAUGAUGAUGAUGAUAGGAGGCGUGUCAGUGGAAGUAGAAUCAUGGAAGUUCAGAGUGCAAACAUCAUUGAUGAAAGAAAAGGUAUGUUGAAAUCCAGCAGUAAAUCCCCCGUUUCUGUUCACAAGGCUCAUGAUAGCUUGGAAAGAAAUAGUAUGUCAAAGGAAGGGAAUCAGGUAGAUUGUGGAAGAAAAGAUUCCAUAAAAGUGAGUGAUGGUGUCAAUGUUAGAGUUGGCAGUCCCGAAAAAGCUAUUCGUGAAAGAGCCGCGUCGAUCUGUGAGGAAUCAACCGCGACGAUGCUUUUGAAAGAUGCAUUCUCGAAAUUUUGGGGAUCGAAAAAUCGAAAAUCGAGUGGAGCAAAAGUGGUGGAUUCGGUUGAUGCUAGUACAGUUGAAGACUCCAAUCAAGACACCGAUUUGGAUCAAACUAGUAAGAAAAGUGGUAAAGUCAAGCGCAAGUCUAUUGAAGCCAUUGUUAAACCUGCCGAAAAUCUAGUCAAAGAUGAUUUUGGGAAAGAAACGGAUAUGAAAAAGAACAUAGAAAAUUCGACUAGAAAAAGUUUAGAAAAGAAGCGAAAAUCUUUAGAUGGCAAUGUGAAGUCUGCUGAAAACGAAGCCAAAACUGUUAAUGUAAAAACUUCCAGUGAAGAUGAGAAUUUGGAUGAAUUGAUUAGAAAAAUCGAAGAUGCAAAGCGAAAGUCUUUAGAUAGAAAUGUGAGUACAGUUGAAGAAAGGGUACCUGAGAAUGCUUCUACGUUGAAAGAUACAAAUCAGAAUGCAGAUUCAGACAGAAUAGCAAUCAAGAUGAAAAAGAAAAAGAGUAAGGAAAGAGAAUUCGAUAAACGAAAAUCGAUAGAGGAAGAAGUUGGAAUCGAAGAGAAUUUGAAACAAGAAAAUAGGGACUGUUCUUUGAUCAAUUCAUAUCAGGACACAGAUGUAGAGAGAUUGUCUAAAAUGGGAAAGAAGAAAAAGAAACAUAAGGACAGAGAUUUUGAGGAUAGAGAAUCAGAAGAUAUUCUUUUGAAUGAAAAUAUGAACUUAUCUUUACAAAAUUCUAAAGAGGAAGUUGAUUUGGAAAAAGUAUCUAAAAAGCCGAAAAAGAAGAAAGAAUUAGAUGUUGGAAAAGCAGAAGAAUUGUGUGCAACGGAAGAAUGUGUAGAGCAAGAAAUCGUGAACAGGGAUUCAUCUGUACAAGAUUCAAAUCAAGAAAGAGACAUGAUUAAAAGAGUAAAAAAGAAGAAGAAACAUAAAGAAAAUGAGAAGACAGAAAGAGUGUUGGAACCUUUUACCACCGAAAACGUAGAAGUAAAACAAGAAUUUAAAAAUAAUGACUUACCUGUGAUAGACAUAGUAAGUAGUGAAAUGAAUCUAGAAAAGUUAUCUGAAAAGAUGAAGAAGAAGACGAAGAAGUUGAAACAAGAGAGAGAAGACGAAGGUGAAAAUCAGGAAGAUAUACGAACAAAAUGGUUAGCAGUAGAUUCAAAUCAAUGUCCAGUUGUAGAGAAAUUAUCUAAAAGUAAGAAAAAGAGUAGGAAGAAACAAAAAGAAUUAGAAGAUCUAAAUAAGAGUUCAAUUUUACUUGAUUCAAAUAAUGAGUCUGGUGUUCAGGAAAUGCCAAAAAAGAUAAGAAGAAGAAUAAGAAGAAACCUAAAGAGAUGGAAUCUCAUAUCACAAAGGAGGAAGGUGAAAAGAAAAUAAAUGAUGAAAGGAAUCAAUUCAACCAAGAUUUUGCUAAUAGGUCCACACUAGAUGGAUACAGUACUGAUUUGAAUUCCUCCGUCCAUGAAACAAAGAAAACAUCUCAUCUCAAAACGAAGUAUGAUGGUUAUCAGAGUGAAAUUCAUGUUGGAAAUCAGCAAAGAACACCAGUCUCAAUGAUUAGUGACUCAGGUUCUGUAAAGAAACAUAAAUCGAAGAAAUAUUUUGAAAAUUCAGUUUCUCCUAGAGGUGAUGAGUCGAUUGAUAGUAAAUAUAGGACUAUUGAUAAGGGUAACGAAAAAUCUUUUGGUGAUAAAAUAUUUGUAAAUGACUGUCAAAACGAGAACAAGAAAUGUAAAAAGAGAAAAAGUGAUCAAAAAAUAGUUGAGAAUUCUUCGUUAUUAAGAAAUCAAGAAGAAAUGGGAGGAGGCAGUAAGCAAGGAAUACAUUUAGAGAAAAAGGAAGAUGGCUUGCAUAAAAAGAAGCAUAGAGACUCGCUCGGGUUGGAAGGAUCUCCAGGACUGGUGAGGUCUCCUAAGCAAUUGGUUGUUGAUGGCUACCUGAGUGAUUGUAAGUAUUCGAAGCAUAAAUCGAAGAAAAAGUCCAGUUUUAAAACAAAACGCGAUGGAUAUGCUAGCGAUUUUGAAGUCAACAAACAAGAAUCAACAAAAAUCGAUGAAGACUUGAAAAAGAAGAACAAACUGGAGAAGGUCAGUAAAUUCCAAGAAAAGAGGAGAAACUCCACUUUGAUGGCUAUGCUACGGACUGUCAUUCAUCUAGGGAUAAGUCGAAGAAGAAAUCUAGUUCUAAACUGAAACGAGAUGGUGAUUUUGAAACAAGUCUACGAAUUCCAAAUUGGGAAGAAGUGAUGUCGAAUAAGAAUAAACACAAGAAAAAGAAUUCCCUUGAAACGUCAAAAACUUCUAUUGAAAAAGAAUGCUCAGAUGCUAUCGGGAAUGUGGGUCACUCUAGAACUCAGAUUGAGUCUCAUAAAAUUUCAAGAAAAAGGAAAAAUUCUCACAAUUCCGAAAGCAAUAAUGACCAUUGUUUGCCCACUAAGAAAAUCAAAGUUACAGGGUCCUCUAGUUUUUCAGAAUCUGGCAUUACUGACAAUAGAACUGCAUUCAAUCAUGAAAAUGAAAGAAGUUCGAUUACCAGGGAACAACAACAAUUAUCUAAAUCGUUUGAAGAGGGCGACCAGUGUGUAAGAAAAAGGAAAAGGAGUAGGGGAGUUAAGAAAAAGAAGAGGAGCAUAAAGUUAGAAAACACAUUAUCAACGGAUAAUGUAUCAGUUGACAAAGUAUUGACAAAGAAAAAGAACAAAGAAUCUAGAGAGCAAGACAUAAUUUCUCCUGGCAUAAGUAGGAAAAGGAAAUUCUCCAAUAUUGGUAAGACGGGUGAUAGUUGCUCGAUUCCCACUAAAAAAAGUAAAACUAUACCGUCACCUUCUCAUGAAAUGGGAACAGGAAUUGAUGUUAGUAGAAAAAAUAUAAACAAGGAAGAUGAACAAAAUAUCUCUUUUAAUAAGGAACAAGAGAUUUUACAAAGAGGUAAACCUGUUGUUGAAGAUGUGGAGAAAAUAGGAAGAAGAAGCACAGAAAAAGUAGGGACACAAGUUUUGAGAUGGGCAAAAAGAUAGAUGAACAAAGUUCAAAAGGAGAAUCAUUGAAGGAAGAAAGAAUGAGCAGAACAUCUAGUGAAGGUCCUCCAAGUAACAGUUGUAGUGAUGUUCCUCAAGGUCUAAAAUCAACAAUUCUACCAGUAAUCGUUCCUUGGUAGCUGUCGAUAACAUUUCAAAAACUCCUAAAAAAUCUGCUGAAAAAGCCAGUAGAAGGAAAACACCAAAAAAGUCUGCAGAAGAUCCUAAACAAUUGAAAAUGUUGAAAUACUUAAGCCCUGUCAAAAAGUUUCAUCCAACUCAGGAAAGUAGUUUAAGUACUGAUAAUAAUUUGAGACAAUAUUCUAAUGAUGAAACCAAUAGCAAUCCAUCAAAUGAAGCUGGCGCUGAUAAAACUACCUCCAAUGUGAAAAAGAUGCUCAGUUUCCCUGUUGAAAAGGACAAAAAGUCUGAAGAAGUUGGCGAGAAAACUUCAAAAAAGAAGAAAAAGCGAAAAGGUGAUGAUUUAUUAGAUUUACAACAAGAAAUGAUCAAUAGGCUACUUAAAAGUAAAUAAUACUGACUGUUCAAUUUAAGUUUCAGUUUUAACAAUGAUGCAAAUUUUCAAGAUUGUUUUUUUAUUGUUUCUUACUUAUAAUAAAAAUGAGGAUAUUUCAAUCAAAA